UAUUCAGGUUUUAUUAGCCACAUUAUCAUACUGUUAACAUGCAACUAAGACAUGUACGGGCACUAGUCAGUGAGAGGUCCUGCACAUGUACGCUUUGAUAGGGGCGAACGACCAUUCUGGUGAGCCACAGGAUUGAAAAAAGUACCCGCAGUAUUUAGAAAAAAGGAAGGAGGAAAGAAAGUCCAAUAUUUUUAGUCCAAAUUACAGUGUUGGAACAGUGCUUUGCACAGUCGAGUGUCCUGGGAGUGGAGUGGCAUGAUGGGUGAACGCUGGUGCCAAGCCCCACCCUCCCCACAUUGUCCUCUCUGUGGACUUCCUGCACUCUCUUGUGCCCAUCUGAAGGACCUCUGCCCUCCCCUUACCCUCCUGGCCGGGCUGACUGACAGCUCGGUUUCUGCCUCAGUCUGCCUCGUGAAAUGGCCUCAUAUAAGCACAUGUUAAGCCGGGGUUGGGACAGGGUCAAUUCCUCAGGGAUGCCUCAAUCGCUAGACUACCAGCGCCUUCAGUUUCAGAUCUCUGUCGUCUUUCUGUUGAUACAAAGUGGGUGAAAAAUAUCACAGCCUGGUACAAAUCUCAGUUCAUGUAAGGUCUCUGAGUUGAUGUGCCUCUGUGCUCCUCCACUGCUGGAUGUCGUUGAUGCCUCUGCAUCCUGUGCUUAAAGCCGGCAACUCUCAGCAUUACAUGAGGAAGCAUUAACUGAUACACCACAGCAUGGCUUAUGAUGCUGUGCCAACCACCCACCUAAAGCAGAGAAACAGCCACUCAUGCUUUUCAUGCAUUCUCUCGUGAAACGUGCCUUGCUGCCCAAAUAUUUUUCCCUUGGAAAACCUGUGGUUAACACAGGGAUGAGUGGGAGUGAGAUGAUUGCUAAACAUUCUUUUAACUUUUAUGCCAGCUGGAGUGCAGGUCACAUUUGCAUUUUUGAAGGUUGGUGAAACUGCUGCAGUGGAUUUAAUGUGGUGAUUAUUGCAGGAUCAUGAAGGGGAGGUUGAGAGGAUUUUUUUCAUACUGUACAUGCAUGAUUCAUUCAAGCCACUGAACGUGAUUUAGUGGAAGAGGUAAUGCAUAAUAAAACAUCUAGAGUGAGUCACGGUUUCAGUCAGAAAUGCAGGAUUUUCUCUUGGAGUUUCUUUGUUUCCUUUAUUUUCUUCCUCAUUUUCAUUCCAAAAUAAGUCAGGAACAUAGAAAACUGUAAUAUUUAAGUUGCUACUUUUAAAACUGGAGUGAUUAAUUUCAAAACUCUACAGAUGUGCAUUUAUAACUGCUAAAUAAAAACUUACAUCACUGCUAAUUUAAGCAGUAGCCAAACUUGUUGAGUUGUAAGAGUCCAAAGAGUAGCAGUGUGAAGGGAUUUCUGAGUCAAGUUACUAUACAAGUCUUAAAUACACCCAUAAAAAGUAUUUUAAGACCAUUUCUUUUGAAUUUCUUCACUGUGAACCAUUCAUUUUGACUUCUUUAUAAACCCCAUUCUCCUUUCCUAAGGGGAUUUUUUGCCUCCAGAAUAACCAGUAAAGAUGAGGAGGGGAAAAACAUAGCCAAAAAUAAUUCUCCUCCUCCUCUUAAAAAAAUGGGAAAAGCUGUUGGUAGGCAGGUAGUCCGUCUCCAGCUCAGCUCCCAGGAGGGGGGACUCCUGAUGGAGUUGGGAUGGACCGCCACAGGAUUGGUGGAUGGCUGUUCUCGGUGUGGCCCCAUGCCAAGCCCUUAUGUCUUUAUAUACUGUAAACAGAUGACCGGACAGUCCUGAGUGUGCAUCGCAUCCACUCUGCCUCUCUCCAUCUCCACUGCUCUCUCUCUUCAGGGCCUCCUCUCCUCUCUCAGUCUUUCACUCCAGCAUCCACGAGGCUCCUUCUUCUCCUUCUCCUUCUUCUUCUCCUCAGUUCGUCUUUAAAAAAAAAAAAAAAAAAAUUGACUCCAGCUCCUCUCUUCUCCUCCGGCUGUGAAAACAAUGGCCACUCCGAGCCUGCUCCUCACUUUAUCCGUGUGGCUUCUGGCUGGGAGCCUCAUAGCGGAGGCGACUUACUACCGGCACCACCGCUACAUCCCCCACUUCUACCGCUACCGGGAGCACUCCGCCAACACGGAGAACCUCCUCCCUGAGGUCUCCAACCCUGUGCCUGAAGUCUCGCAGCCCGGCGUGCCGACCUACCCCGAGAUCCCCGAGGUCUUCCACCCGGCGCCAGAAGUCCUCCCCCCAAUACCAGAGGCUUUCCACCCGGUGCCCGAAGUCGUGCAUCCUGCACCUGAGCCUUACCACCCACCUGAGGUUUACCAGGCGGUAUCUGAAGCCUCCUCCCCUGUCAACAUGAGUCGGCUUUUCUAUGGGAUCAUGUUUGACGCUGGGAGCACAGGCACCAGGAUCCACAUCUAUAAGUUCAUCCAGAAAGACCCUGUUGAGCUGCCAGUUCUGGACAAUGAAAUGUACCACGCAGUGAAGCCUGGACUGUCUGCCUACAAGGACAACCCUGAAGAGGGUGGCAACACCAUCCGACAGUUGCUGAAAAUUGCUAAGAAGACGGUCCCGGAGGAGGAGUGGAGGAGAACCCCGGUGGUCCUGAAGGCCACAGCGGGUCUGCGCCUUCUGCCUGAAGACAAGGCCAACGCUCUUCUGAAGGAGGUACGAGAUGUGUUUGAUGAGUCCCCUUUCUUUGUGCCAAACAACAGUGUUUCCAUCAUGAAUGGAACAAAUGAAGGUAUCCUCGCCUGGGUCACAGUGAACUUCCUUACAGGUCACUUGUACUCCAACACAAGGAGGACAGUGGGGAUCCUGGAUUUGGGUGGAGGAUCAACACAAAUCACAUUCCUUCCUAAGUCAAGGAAAACGAUUCAGUCUGCUCCCCCCAGUUACAUUGCCAGAUUCAACCUGUUCAACCACACAUAUCAACUCUACACACACAGUUACCUUGGAAAUGGACUGUAUGCGGCUCGACUGGCAACUCUUGGCGCACUAGGAUCUGAUGGUCUAGAUUGGAAAAUUUUCACUAGUUCCUGCCUCCCAAAAAAGUUCAGAGAAGAUGUGACUUUUGGAGGAACCACCUACAAAGUUAGCGGGAUUCCAGACGGCUACGCAGGCUAUAAGCUGUGCUACUAUGAGGUGAUGAAGGUCAUCAAAGGAAUAGUGCACCAGCCUUAUGAGGUGAAGGGCAGCAGCAUCUUCUACGCCUUCUCCUACUACUUUGACAGAGCUGUGGAGUCUGGCCUCAUCGAUGGCAGCCGGGGUGGUGCGGUUGAAGUUAGGGAUUUUAAGAAGAGAGCCAAGGAAGUGUGCAACAAAAUGACCAAAUACCGUGCUAUCAGCCCCUUCCUCUGCAUGGAUAUGACAUAUAUCACUUGUCUGCUAAAGGAGGGCUUUGGCUUCAAGGACAGCACUGUGCUGCAGCUAGCCAAGAAGGUGAACAACGUGGAGACGAGCUGGGCCUUAGGGGCGACCUUCGACUACUUCAGAAACCUCAACAUCCACUAAGGACAGCUCGCUGUUGCUGCAGCCGGCACUGAGAGGGACAGUCUGUCACUGUGGGGGCUUCCCUUUCCUCCAUCCACCCUCAAUCAGCCCACCCCCCUCACGGACAAUCCUGGUCCCACCACCACAACCACCACCACCACCACCACCACGCUUCCUCACCUACCACACCACCACCCCUCCUCUUUUUCCUCAACCUCAGCACCCUGCGAACACUCUGAGAACUGUUGAAAAAAAGAGAAAAGAAAUCACUAUAUUUUUAUAAGGCCAGCUAUUUCUACUGUAUGUUGAGCUCAUAACUGGUGGGCUGACUUUAUUUUUGUAAAACGUUUACAUUUUUGAUUCCUUAUGGGUGUCUGAUCUGAAAUGUCUUCCUCACCUACCUGUUAAGUGUAUAGAGGGUAGUUUAGAAGCAAUACAACCAGUCAUGGUAUUUUGGUGCUUACUGUGGUCCUGGUGUGCACUAUACAGCACAGUGGAAAACCUUUAAGAGACUAGUUGCUGGAAGUGCAACCAUAGUUGUCUUUCUAAACGCCUGUAAAUCAAUCUUUUUAUUCUAGCCGGAAAUUAUCUUACAGGACCUUAAUUCAUUUUCCCCCUAGUCUUUGCAAGUUAGACAACAUUAUAACAACAUUAGAAACUGAGCGGAUGCAAACCAUACAGCUUCUUUUCUUCAACUUUGCACAUAACACUUUAUCUCCAGAUAUUGUAGCUAAGACAUGACCAGAUGCUUCAAUGUUGACUAAAGAGUUGUACAUAUUCAUCGUGACUCAGGGGGGCAAAGAGAGUGCUGUGGGGAGCUGCCUCUCAUAGACUGCGUUGUACAGCUUUUACAAGUAUGAGGUUAAUGCCUGUAUUUUCAAAGUUCAGCCAUUAUUGUGUGUUUUGUCUAGAGUGGAAAAGUCCUUAUCAAGCAUGGCUAAAUUGCAGGGGCCCCAGGUCUGAGCUGUUUUUUAGACCAGCAAAAGUUAAAAAACCUCUCAUCAAGGGCAGAUAGUUCAUCCAACAACAUAAUUUUCAACCAUCAAAUACAACAAGAAGGUAAACAGAAAUUAUGUUAGAAAAAAAAAGGUUUAAAACCCAUGACUCCAUCACCUGUUGCUGGUUGCUCAAAAACAUUAGUAAUAUUGAAUUCUGUUUGUCAUUUUUCUCGUGAACUGUACAUAUAUUUAAUGAACUGUGUGUUUAUCUAAUGCAGAGUAUUUUAAUUAUCCUCAUCAAAUAUUAACUCUUGGACUUUCUGUGUAACUGCUCUCUAAGCCAUGCCUUUGCUGUCUUUUCAAUAUUCAACAUGUUCAAUAACUACUGCUGUAUAUACAUAAUGUAAACUUAUAUUAGUGAAAUACUUUGACAGGAACUGCUUUUACAUUGCAAGAACUUUAUGCUGCACAAUUGCUCAGAAAUGCCUCUAUGUUCAUCAGUAAGAAUAACCUGAUGACUGACAAUAUGUAAAUUGUUGUUUUUAUUAAAUCCAGUGGAAUAAGUGUAUACUAUACAUGUAUGUUUUAAUAAAACGUGAAAAAUG